ACUGUUCGCCAAUGCACCAUUUCUCCCAACCCACACACAUCACACCAUCAGCACAAAAAUGCUAGUGCGAGUUUCAAGAAUGAAAGCCAGACACACAUACGAACACACAACGAACUCAGCCUUCAGUAUUCUAGCGCUCCUUUCUCAACCCUGCCUUCAUUCCAACUGACUCUCUCCUCUCUAUUCCCACGAUGGCUUUGAGGUUCACUGUCGUUCUCGUCGCCCUUCUAGCAACCAUGACCCUGUGCCACGGAGGUCGCCCGUUCCUGUCAGCGCUCCUUGCCUCCGACCCCUACGUCGCGCAAACAAUUGGAAUCGAAGCGUGGAACGACAGGCAGCCAGUUGAUGUCGACACCGACAACACCGCCAUUGUUUCUGGAGCUACCCAGCUCGUCCCCGAUGCGUCUGACAACGACAACGUGGCAUCGGCAAGGCCCAGGAUGCGAGCUGGCGUGGAGAGCGAUACCCUCAGAAUCACCUUCAUCCCCGCCGCGUCCACCGCCGAUAACACCGCUUCUGCUACCACGUCCGCUCCGACGAUCGUAGAUGACCCCACCGAUAACACCGCGUCCGCUGCAUCUGGGUCUGCUGCGACGAUCGUAGACGACCCCACCGAUAACACCGCAUCCGCUGCGUCUACUGCCACGGUUGUCGUCGACGACCCCACCGAUAACACGGCCGCUGCUGCCACCACUACUGCCGAGGACGCAACCGCGACGGCGUUCGUGUCGCUGCCCGGGUCCGACAACGUGAUCGCGGCGUUCGGCGUGCCGCGCAGAAAGGGGUCCAUGGUCGCCGUCAUUGACGACCCGACCGACAACACCGCGUCGGCUGCAUCCUCCUCAAUUGUCGUCGACGACCCCACCGACAACACCGCGUCUGCUGCGACGAUUGUCGUCGAUGACCCCACUGAUAACACCGUGUCUGCUGCCACGUCUGCCGACACGAUCGUAGACGACCCCUCCGAGAACACCGCUUCUGCUGUCACCAGCGAGGAGGCAACGACGACGGCGUUCGUGUCGCUGCCCGGGUCAGACAACUUGAUCGCGGCGUACGGCGUGCCCGGCCGCGUGGAAGGCAUGCUGGUCGUGGCGGACAGCGCGCAGACCAUCUAAGUCGACCCUGCUAGCCAUCAGAUGGAUGGAAUCGACCCUGCUAGCCGUCAGAUGGAUGGAAUCGACCCUGCUAGCCAUCAGAAGGAUGGAAUCGACCCUGCUAGCCGUCAGACGGUUGGAAUCGCGGAGCUGUGACAGUUCGCUCAUCAUAUGGUGUUCUGCUGUUACUUAAUCUCCCGAAGACACUCUUCACCGCCCCUUAGAGGACGUAGCGGGGUCUAGAGGUCACGCGAUGCUGCAGCUCACUUUCGAGCCCUUAGGCGGUUGCCUCGUUAUGGGGAGUUCUGAGAGGCAGCUUGCCCAAUAAGCAGCUAAUGUCCACCUUUCUGCUUGUAUUGUGCCUUGUGUUCAACCUACAACACAUUUAUGUAUGUAUGUUUUUGUCUCUACC